AUGCCGAAAUUUUGCUGGAGGAAACCCGCCAGAACACGCGAUGACGUUACGACGAUGACCUUGUGCGAGUCUUCCGAGGAGAAGGCGUCUCCAACAAAGUUAACAGCUUACCGAAAGGCGAUCGACAACUUGGACAACGACCGGAAAUGGCAGACCGACACGGCCGUGGGAAAGAGGAUCGGCCUGUACAAGCUCAGCGGAGAGUUGGGCAAAGGGAAUUUUUCGCAAGUGAAAACUGGAUACCACGAGUUGACCAAAGAACGAGUUGCAAUCAAAAUAUUAGACAAGACAAAAUUGACGGCGAAAGCGAAGAAAAUGCUGUCCCGGGAGAUAUCCGUAAUGGAAUCGAUACAUCACCAAAACGUUAUUCGAUUGUUCGAAGUGAUCGAGACGUACACGAAAUACUAUUUGAUAAUGGAGCACGCGGCGGCCGGAGAACUGUUCAAGAGGUUGAUAUCCGAGGGCAGAAUGCACGAGUCGGAGGCGAAAAACAUUUUCUCUCAGAUCGUGUUGGCCGUCAAACACCUGCACGACCGCAACAUCGUUCACAGAGACAUCAAAGCGGAGAACGUGUUCUUGAGCUCCAGAGGCGUCGCCAAAUUAGGAGACUUCGGCUUUAGCAUCACAGUCUCGAACGCCGAAAAGUUGGAGACGUUCUGCGGGUCCCCACCGUACGCCGCGCCCGAACUGUUCCUGGACGAGCGUUACGUCGGCCGCCCCGUGGACGUGUGGUCGUUGGGAGUGCUGCUGUUCUUCAUGACCACCGCCACGAUGCCUUUCCUCGGCGACAACAUGGCCGGGCUCAGAAGGUCAAUACUGGCAGGUCGCGUGGAAGCGCCGGCGUCUAUGUCCCAGCUGUUAAAGUCACUCAUAGAGUCCAUGCUCAACACGUCGCCCGAACACCGGUUCAACAUCGAUCAGGUGCUCAAGUCCGACUGGCUGCGGGAGGCAUCCGCGUACCAGAUAAGGUUCAACAACAACUCGGUAUACGGUCAGUGGUGCGCUUACCCGACGGCGGCCGGCUCCGAGUUCACCGACACCGAGACGAAUGCCAGGCGGGCGCUGGAAGUGCUCGGCAUAACCGAUGUCAUGCUCGACGAACACGGUUCCCGGGGGUCGAGGAGCAACGUGGUGGCCACUUACCGGAUAGUGGUCAACAGGCUGUUGCAGCAGCGCAGGCUCAUGGGGCAGCAGAACCACAUGCCGCACCAGAACUCGACCGCGCAGCAUCCGCAGACCGCUUCCGGCCGGAAACCCACCAAGACCAAGUCCCGGUUGUGCGCCAUAACGUGA